GCAAUGAAAGCAGUGGCGGCCACUUCAGGUGAUGUCGGUUUGCCGUCAUUCUUGACAACGGCCUCUUACAGACAGCGGAACGGGAGAGAGCCGAUGAGGACAGCAUGCCACACUGCCGACGUCUGAAAAGAGGAAGUUGCAACAUUGAUGGAUAUGCAGCCCACAGCAGUUGGACAUGAGGUGCCUUUGGUGUGAACCUCUCUAAGCUUCUGAGGAACACAGAACCCAUCAACUUCUCCAGCACUUCCAUCAACAGCCAAUCAAAUGCACCCCGAAAACAAGCUGACCAAUAAUGGGAGGCAAGCCGUCAGCAGCUCAAACACUCAGACUUUCGAUGUGAACCAGCAGCAGCAGCAAGGUGUUGGACCUAAUAAAGGUGUUGGUCUUGGAGGUCAUGGAGUCAAAGCCGGUCAGAUGUCUGCUGCAGCAGGACUGAGCAGCGUGGGGGGAGUGUCUGGCAUCGGGGCCGGGGCUGGGGGAGCAGCCAUGUUGAAGACCAAGACCAAACGGGAGAGAGGCGCCGCCGCUAUGGAGAGAAGUGUCGCUAUGGAGAGAGGCGUCGCUAUGGAAAGAGGAGUCGCUAUGGACGCGGGCGACCUUAGAGACGCAGUGGUGGCCCCAGCCCUGGAAGCAGACACUAAAGACGGGGUUCUGCGCUGCAAGCGUCGCUGUGUGGUGGAGAGGAAGCUGCAGAGCUACAGUGGAGAUGAGUGGGGCUCAGGAGCCGACUCCGAAGAGGACGAGGAGAAAGCCCACACUGCCGCACUUCACCGGGAGCGUGAUAUGACUGGUCCUGGCUCCUCCUCUGCUGUGGGUGGCCAGUCAUCUGCUCCUGGCCCUGGGUUUGCCUUUGGUCCUGGUGGACUCCGCUCCGACCACCCCCGCAUCGGAAAACAAGUCUAUGUUUUCACCACCAACUUAGCCAAUAGAGCUGCGGAGGCAGUGCUUCAUGGGCACACAGACUCCAUCGUUAUGUUUCACAAGCAGAACGUCCACUGCACUAAGCUGGAUCAGUGUAUGCCGCCAGUGAAAAAGCUGCCCACCUUAUCAGAACAGCUCAGCUCCAGAAACACACCACCCGCGGGGAAAAACAAAGCUCGAGGUGACGGCCAGAGGCCAGCAUCAAUGGGAGGACCACAAGCCGCCGGCACAGCACCCUCAAGCGGGCAUCCGCAAGAGGUCGAUCUGCCUCUUCACCCAUCUCUGCCCGGCUCCUCCGACAAUCCUUCCAGUCAGCAGCCUGUGCAAGGCAAUGCUAGCCCACAAGCUGGGAGCAGAACAGCGGCUGGCGGUGGAGCAGAGGAUGCGGCGGGCAGCUUGCCCCAGCUGACUGCAGGAGUGUCUCCCACCUCUGGCUCCACAGUGCUACCGGCACACCUCCAGGGGGGUGAGGGGGGCCCCCAGUGUGGCCCGUGUGGCCCCCCAGAUGGACUGUCCAAGGAGCAGCUGGAGCACCGCGAGCGCUCCCUGCAGACGCUCCGAGACAUCGAGCGGCUCCUGCUCCGCAGCGGCGUCGGUGGUGGAGGUGGAGGUGGAGGAGGGCCUGACGGGGCCAAUCCUGGUGCCAUGUACAACAACAACAUCAACAUAAACAACAAUAACAACGCCGACAACGCGGGCAGAAUGCAAGAGGGCGGCGAGAUGGCUAAGAACGCUGAGAACUUCAACAGCGACAUGCUUCCCCUGGGGGCGUCGUAUUUGGGCAAUCUGAAGAAAUACGAGGAGCCCUUGCAGUCGAUCUUGUCACAGACGCAAAACCUGGGAGGAUCCCGGCUGGAGGAGUCGAUCUUGGGGUCCCAGCUCGGUUUGGGAGCCCUGAUGCAGCACCAAGUCUCCUCACCUCCAGACCUAGACCUGGGAGGAGCACUGGGAGGAGACCCAGACGGGCUGACGCCCGAACAGAUGGCCUGGAGGAGGCUCCAGGAGGAGUACUACCAGGAGAAGAGACGCCAGCAGGAGAUGCACCCACACUCGCACCCACACCCGCCUCAGCACCACUACCGCAUGAUGGCGGAGAUGGGCAUGCCCCCCAGGGGUCUGAUGAUGCGGGGUCCCCCACCGCCGUACCACAGCAAAGCGGAGGAGCAGUGGGGGCCGGCAGCUAUGAUGGGCAUGGGAAGGAACCCUCGACUGAUGAUGGACAUGCAUCCGGAUGGUGGACCGCAAGGCCCGAGGUUUAUGGGGCAGAUGCAGAGAGGCGGUCCACCUGGGCCGGGGGGCUAUCCUGGUAGCCCUGGAAGGAUGCUGGCCAUGGAGGGUCUUCAGAGGUCUGGCAUGGGCUGGGUGGAGGACUUGCCGAUCAACAUGGGUGGUGGAGGCGGCGGUGGUGGGAGGCCGCUGUUACACGGCUGCUACCCGCCUGGUGGCGGUGGUGGUGGAGGUGGUGGUCCUGGUCCUCAACCCCUCCCUCCGGAUGUGGAGCGGCAGCUUAUGCGCGAGGAGGUGCUGCGCAUCAUGGAGAAGAGACAACACCUGCAGAGACUGGAGCAGGAGCAGCUGAUGUUGCAACAACAGCAGCAGGAGGAGGCGCUAGUAGGACAAUCACGGUUCAUGGAGAACCCGGGAAGGCCCGACGUCCACAAUCCAGACAUGAUGGUCGUCGGCCCCCACGGUGGUGGUGGUGGUGGUGACCCCAUGGACUUCCCACAUUCUCGAGCCAUAAUGGACUCUCCGCUGGGCAGGGGGAGGGAAGGCGACGGCCCCACCCUCGGACACCUGGGAGACUCUCCCUUAAGCGCUAAUCUGGGCAGGCUAACUCAGGCUAACCUGAGUGCACAGGAACAGCAGAUGCUGUUGAAACUGCGAGGGGUUAAUCGCGGAGGAGGUGGAGGACCCAUGGGAGAACUUCUAAGCCCGGAGGACAUUUCCCGCUUUAGAGCCGGCCCGCAGAAUGGCCGCAACGGCGGCGGAGGUGGUGGUGCGGGCAAGACUGUAAUCGCUGGGCCUGACGGAUCUGUGCAAUUUCCAAACCAAAGAUUGUUUCGUGGUGGGGGACAAUCAGAGAAGGCCUUCCUCCAACAACAGACCGAUCAAGCAAAUUUUGGGCCAGAGCAACAGGGGAACGGUCAGAUAGGCAGCACACCACAGCUUAGCCACAUGGCCAUAGAGGCAGGAGGCCCCCGCGGAGGUGCUGCUGACCCCUGUCCUCGUCAUCCCUCUGACCUGUCAGCGGUCAACGUGAUUCCCAUGGGCUCUCCGAGCACGGCCCCAUCUCACCCUCUCAAGUCCCCCUCCUUGGGGCCGGAGCCCUCACCCCUCAUGCCCUCUCCCUCCGCCUCGGUGCUCAAGUCUCCCACGGCCUUGUCCACCGCCAGCCCCUCUCAUCCGCUCCUCUCCACCGCGUCCAGGGCGGGCACCCCUUCCACCACCUCGGUUAAGUCCCCACAGUUGAUGGGCUCGGUGUCUAUGGGCAUGCACUCUCCCUCCGUCUCGCCCAACGGUCCACAGAAGUCUCCUUCCAUGAACAUGGCUUCCCCCAGCUGGACCUCGUCACCCAAGCCCAACAUGCCCAGUCCUGGACAACAACCCACAAAUGGGAAGGGCGUAGGCAAUGGAGGCACCAACCCUGGUGAAACUGGUCCAACACCAAAGGCUUCCAACCAAUCAACAACGAGCCAGCCCAACUCCCUGAAUCCCAGCUCGGCCGUCUCCACUUCCUCCCCAGGCGGACCGCCGUCCCAGAAUCCCCUGUCGCUGAUCAUGUCCCAGAUGUCCAAGUACGCCAUGUCCAGCGCCGCCCCUCUGUACCACGAAGCAAUAAAGACCGUCUCCACUUCCGACGACGAGAUGAUGCCAGAUAAGCCCCUCCUACCAGGCAUGGAAGCCUCCCAGUUGCUCAUCUCUGCCCAGGGUGGCAUGUGUCCACCAGGAAGUCCCCAGAGUCCCAUUGGGCUGCUCCUGCAAGGACAGCAGCAGCUCUCCCACGGACACCAGGGGCCCAUGUUGCCCUCCCCGAACAUGCUACUGUCGGCCAUGAACUCCGGUGCCCUGGGAGGACCCGGUGGCCGUCCUGGAGGAAUGGGGCCGUGCAAUUUGCCCCCGCUGCAAAACCAGGGCUUUCCGCGCAUGCAAGGUCCUCCAGGCCAAGGAGGACCUCCUCCACACUCUCCGGCUGGGCUGCUGUCCCAGCAUUUCAACCAGCUGUCCGACGACAUGCUCACGCCCCAGCAGUUCCACCUUCUGGAGAAAGGACUCUCUCAUCAUCAACAGUCAGACGGCUUCCCUGGCUCGAUGCGCCAGGACGGCCCGGACCUGAGCGACGUCAUCCGCCCGUCGCACACCGGCAUUCCCGAGUUUGACCUGUCUCGCAUCAUUCCCUCCGACAAGCCCAGCAGCACCUUAUCGUACUUCCCAAAGAGCGAGGGCAUGUCCCACCAGCCGCCCUCCCAGCAGAACCUUCACCACGGCCAGAACAUGCAGCAGCAGUCCCUGCCCACACAGCUGCUCAAGCAGCUCUCCUCCGGUCCGCAACAACACGGCAACAUGCCCUCGUCCAACCCCCACAUCGCCAACCUCCAGAACAUGAUGGCGGAGCAGCAGCUCGCCCUCCAUCCCUCGCAGUACGGCGUCCGUCCGGGAAUGCCUCAGGGCGGCGGCGGAGGAGGAGGAAGGGGCAUGAUGGUCGGCCCAAUGGGGCCAAUGGGUCAACCUGGGCACAUGAUGAUCAGGACAGGUCUGGGGCCUCAGCAGCAGCAGCAGCAGUUUCAGCAGCAACAGCAACAACAGGCCAUGAUGGCCAACAGCCUCCAGCAUCACCACCCGGGCAACAACCCACAUCCUGGUAUGAUGUCUCCACAGCAGCAGCACUCUCAUAACAUGAUGGCCCAGCAGAACUUGAUGAUGAUGCAGGCCAAGCAGAGGGGGAUGGGGGGGAUGCCGGGGCCGGGGGAGCCUCUUGGGCCGCAGCAGGGGCCACUCAUGUCCCCACAGGGCCUCAUGAUGGCCCACUCGCACCCGGGCAUGAUGGGAGGACCUCAGUCUAUCAGACAGCGGAGAAUGUCACUGAACAGCCCCUUGGGCUAUGCACCACCCGGAAGUAUACAUAACAUGCCUUUUUGAAUGUACUGUAUCGCUUCUCAAACUUGUACAAUCAUUUUAGCUGUUACUUUUUUUUUGUUAAACUUUCAUUCUUGCUUCAAUAAUAACUGUUAAACUGUUAAUAUUGCUGUUGUGUUAAUUCAGUAGUAGGCAAACUUAAAAAGUCUUCUACAAAUUUAGAUUGCCAUUUUCUACAUAUUUGUAAGAUAUGUAUAUAUUCGGAGAUGUGUUUUGGGUUCAGAAUCAUUUUUAUGGUUUUAAGUGCUUGUCUUUUAUUUUAAACCAAUUGUGAAUCUUCAUUCAUAUCUGGUUAUUUAUUUAUAUAUAUAUAUAAUGCUAUUAAUUCUUGUUUGCCAGUGGUCUCUAUAUCUGCUUAAGUCUAAAGAAUAAUAGGUAACAUUUGACUUGACACCGGUGUCAUAUGCAUGUCAUUACAGUGUCAUAACAGUGUCUUGGCACAGUCAUGCACGCGUCAUAAACAUUAUGUCCAUGUCAUACAUAUUUUAUGACUGUUGGCCAUUAGUGACAUUCGGUUAUGGCAAAGACCGUCUUUGCCAUAACUGAAUGUAAUUUAAGCCCAACAGUCAUAAAAUGUUUAUGACAAUAACAAUGUUUAUUACUUAUCUAUGACUGUAUCAUGACACUGUAAUGACCUGCAUAUGACACCGGCAUAAAGUAAAGCGUUACCAAAUAAUAUGGUCAACCAUGUACUGUUGUAAUGUACUUGUCUCCGUGUUUAACAAUGUUGGAAUGAGAAAUUACAAAAAAAGGACAUCUGCAUUUAUCAAAUGGGCUAUUUUUGAGGGUGUAGUCGUCCAAAGAAAUCAUCUGAACUGUUUGAGAAUUACACUUUUUUGUCAAAUUCAACAAAGGCCUCUGGACUUUUUCCUAUCAUCUUCAGAUUUCACAUGCUUGACACAGUUGUGAUCAGGGUCGGAUUAAAAUGGCCUCGGCCCCUAGGCUACAGGUUGCACUUGGGUCCCUCAGAAGGACAGAUUUUGUGAAGAAAUGUAGACAUUGUCAUAAUUAUGAGCUAAUAAUUAAGGAUAACAUGCCUAACAACUGUAUUCAAUAGCUCAGAUGAUUUUUUCAAUAUUGCAUCUUGUCACAAUUUUGUCUUCACUAAUGGCCAAUUAGGGCC